AUGUUUUCCCUGCGAGUGACACUUCUUAUGGCAGUAUGCCUAUCCUUAGCGGCAGCAGACACCCGCCCGUUGGUCCUGGAUGAUGUCCAGCCACCUGUCACCCUGGAAACCGUGCUGGAUGACUACCGACUGGCCAGCCACAUCCUCCCCGUGAGCUACAACAUCACUCUGCGCCCGUACCUGCUGGAGUCCGAUGGCGUCAAGCGCUUCACCUUCGACGGUGAGGUACACAUCGAAGUGGUCCCAACGGAGAACACCACCUCGGUACACCUCCACGCGAAGAACCUCACCUUCUCGGUGAGCGAGUUCUGGGCCAAACCCGCUCAGGGAGUGGCUGCUCCGGCCGGAACGAACUUCAAUUCCGUCAACGAGACCAACUCGGACACGGAUAUUGUGAAGCUGACUACUGCGGCUACUUUGACAGCGAACACUCCGUACAUCCUUCACUUCGUUUACACGGGUCUCAUGGAGGACGACAUGCACGGGUUCUACAAGAGCUACUACGUGGAUGACAACAAUGUUACGAAAUGGCUGGGAUCCACUCAGUUCGAGACCAACCACGCCCGCCGCGCCUUUCCCAGCUUCGAUGAGCCCAAGUUCAAGGCCACCUUCAACAUCACGCUGAAGCGCCACAGGACCUUCAACUCCGUCAGCAACACCCGUCUCAUUGGAUCCUACCCGAGCACUGAAGCUGGCUAUUUUGAGGACGUGUUUGCGACCACACCCAUUAUGUCCACCUACCUGGUGGCCUUCAUCAUCUCCGAAUUCGCCGCCCGCACGGACGACAAGUUCCGCGUCCUGGCCCGCCCCGAGUACUAUGCCCAGACCCAGUAUCCCUACAAUGUUGGUAUCGAGAUCCUGCAGAAGAUGGGGGAGUACCUGAAUUUGGACUACUACACCCUCGGAAACGACAAGAUGGACAUGGCAGCUAUUCCCGACUUCUCGGCCGGCGCCAUGGAGAACUGGGGUCUUCUGACCUACAGGGAACGCAGUCUACUGGUGGACGAGUCCGCUACUACCCUGGCCUCCCGCCAGGCCAUCGCCGCCGUGGUGGCCCACGAACAGGCCCACAUGUGGUUCGGGGACCUGGUUACCUGUGAGUGGUGGAGCUACACCUGGCUGAACGAGGGAUUCGCACGGUACUUCCAGUACUUCGGCACCGCCAUGGCGGAGGACAAGUGGGAUCUGGAGAACCAAUUCGUUGUUGAUCAGGUCCAGUCUGUGAUGGCCAUGGACUCCACUAAUGCCACCAAUCCACUGACCGAUCCAAACACAUAUACCCCCGCCCACCUGAGCCGCAUGUUCAAUAGCAUCUCCUACAACAAAGGCGCCUCUUUCAUCCGGAUGAUCAAGCACACUAUGGGCGAGACUGAGUUCCAAUUGGCGCUGCAGAACUAUCUUGUCAAGUACUCUUAUAAAUCAUCGCGUCCCGAGAACCUGCUUGCGGAAUGGCAAGGCACAUGGCCAGAUCGUUUUAAAAACAGCUCCCAGGAAAUCUUUGAUAGCUUCACCACUCAGGUGGGCUAUCCGCUAGUAAAUGCCGAGCUUUCUAGCGAUCGCAUGUCGGUGCGCUUUACUCAGCAGCGUUUUCUUCUGAAGGAAAACGAUGGAUCCAAUGCAAGUCUAGUGUACUCCGUGCCUAUUACGUUCACCAACAGCAUUAGUCCCAAAUUUUACAACACCACGACAAACUUUAUUCUGAACGGCACAGCAGAAACUUGGAAUUUCCACCAUGCUCUCGAUUGGAUUAUAGUGAACGUCCAACAGUGUGGAUACUAUCGCGUUAACUACACUGAAAACAACUGGCGGUCUAUCCAGACUCUUCUUGCCAAUAACAGCUGGGGUGGGGUACAUGAGAACAACCGAGCCCAGAUAGUGGACGAUCUUUUCAACUUGGCUCGAGCUGGACUCAUCUCCUACAGCCUGACUCUGGAUGUAAUAGAGUACCUGGAGACGGAGACCCAUUACAUCCCCUGGACAUCCGCAUUCAACGGUUUUAGCUUCCUGGCCAUCCGUCUGGGCAACGACACUUUCAACUUCAACAGCUACAUCCAAUCCCUUACCCAGAAGGCCUACAACAAGCUUGGGUUUAAUGAGACGGAGACGGACACAGCCUUAGACAUCUACUUGCGCACCAAGGUCCUGUCCUGGGCCUGCCGAUACGGCAGUGCCGACUGCAUCAGUCGGGCCAAGACCUAUUUCCAGUCCCUGUCCACCGUCCCCAAGAACAUCCGCGCCACAGUCUACUGUGUGGGUCUGCGCGAGGGCGGUUCCACUGAGUUCGAGGCCCUCUACAAUAAGUUUAAGGUCGAGACUGUGGCCACGGAGGAGACUCUGCUACAGAACUCUUUCGGCUGCGUGAAGACUCAGGCCCUCAUUGAGCGAGUGUUCAACCUAAUCCUUAGCGAUGAGAUCCGUCGCCAGGACAAGUCCUCGGUGCUGGCCACUCUCUACACUGAGAAUAACGAGAAUGUGAGCCCUGUGUUUGCCUUGGUCACCCAGAAGUUCGAGGAAUUGGCUCAAGCCAUGGGUGGCUACUCCGCAGUGGCCACUGUCAUUUCAAACAUCGCCGCCCGCUUUACCACCGAACAACAGUACGCGGAUCUCCAGACGUUCAACAAGAACAGUGGUUCCAAAUUCGGAAACUCUCAGGCCACCCUCACUGCGGCGGAAGCCACCGUGGCCGAGAACUUGGAGUGGGCGCAGGCCAAGCUGGGCGUGUUCCGCAGCUACCUGGCUGGACGCAACGGAGGCACCAUGGCCAGUGCCCUAAGCGCCGUGAGCCUAGUCUUGGUGGCUCUGGCUACUAUCCUUCGCCACUGAACUGUUUUGGAUUGGCGGGUCUUAACAAUUUUUUUUUCCACACUAAAAGUUAACUUUUUCACAGAAUAUGUGAUAAAUGGGUUGAACUUAUGUAUAUAUGUUAUUAUAUAUGUACGUUUUAUUAAAGAACUUUUAA